AGUUCUACUCCCUCCAGAACUUCCCGGAACGUUUUCUUGCACCCCCUGUUGCACCCCCUACCACCUAUCUGUUUGACUUCCUGCCCCCCGGUCACGUUUCCCAAACUUUAACUUAAAUGCCCUCAGAUUUGGAAAACCAGGUCCCUGUUGACCACCACUUUGUCCUUCUGGACGCCCCCCAGGGCGUCACCGCUGGCGACGCCGCCAACGGAACCUCUGCGGCCGGCCGCACCACCACCCACGACGACCUCGAAAUCACUAAAGUGUCCACCGAGGGCGAUUACAUCCAAUUUGGAAAUGAACGCUACCGCCGGUCGGAACUUGUGCAGGCCUUUGGUGGUUCCAUGAACCCCGGGUUGUCGCCUCCCCCUAAACACAAUUUUGCCAACCCGGCCCCCUUGGGACUUUCCGCGUUCGCACUCACCACUUUUGUGCUCUCUCUCAUCAAUUGUGAGGCCAGAGGUGUCACCGUCCCCAACAUCGUCGUGGGUCUUGCCUUCUUCUACGGGGGCAUGGCCCAACUUGUGGCGGGCAUGUUUGAAAUUGCCGUCGGCAACACCUUUGGUGGUGCUGCCUUGUCGUCCUACGGCGGGUUCUGGGGCGCCUGGGCCGCCAUCCAAACCCCAAGCUUUGGAAUUGUAGCAGCCUAUGAGGGCCACCCGGAGGAGUUGCGCUACUCCAUCGGGAUCUUCCUCAUCGGUUGGUUCAUCUUUACCUUUUUCCUCAUGCUCUUGACCUUGAAGUCCACCGUCGCGUUCUUCCUGAUCUUCUUCUUCUUGUCCAUAACGUUCCUUCUCUUGGCAAUCGCCGAGUUCAAAAACUCCGUCCCCGUCAAGAAGGCCGCCGGUGUGUUUGGGGUCAUCACCGCGUUUGCCGCGUGGUACAACGCCUACGCAGGUAUCGCCAACUCCCAGAACUCGUACAUCACCGUCAAGGCCAUCCAGUUGCCAGACUUGCAGGACAAGAGUCGCAAGCAACACUAGCCGGCCCCCCUUUCUCUGGCCCCUUAGUUAAUGUUUAUUUAUUGAAUGAAUGCAACAGUAUGAAUGUCA